AUGGCACCGGGUGUCACCAGUACAGUCAAGGACGCGACCAGCUCUAAUGGCGCGGUCCCCGCCCCUCGGUUUCUCCCUCCUGGAGUCUCAAUUGAGAAAUUCCAGGAAUUCGCGUCCCAGCUUCAGCAGGCGGUUGGAAAAGAUAACCUCCAAAUUAUUACCAAAGACACUGUACUUGACGAUGGCGACUACCUCACCAUUGACUGUCUAACGCACGACAUGCACCAUCUUUAUGAACGGGAGGAAUUUGUCGGCAGCGCACUUAUUCACCCCAAGAAUGUCACCGAUAUCCAAGCUGUUGUGAAGCUCUGCAACGAUUUCAUUGUCCCAGUAUGGACAUUCAGCAAAGGUCAUAAUGUGGGAUAUGGCGGCGCCGCACCAAGAGUCUCUGGAAGUUUGGUCAUGAAUCUCGGAACUCACAUGAAUCGCAUCCUUGAGGUCAAUGCCGAGGAUUGUUACUGCCUCGUCGAACCUGGUGUGACCUACUUACAGAUGCAGAAGUAUCUCAACGAUAACGGCCUAUCCGAUAAGGUCUGGCUGGACUCCCCUGAGCUUGGCUUUGGCUCUAUGAUCGGCAACGCUUUAGAUCAUGGCGUAGGUUUCACGCCUUAUGGAGAUCAUUGGAUGAUGCACUGCGGAAUGGAGAUUGUACUUGCUAAUGGCGAGGUCGUUCGCACGGGCAUGGGUGCCAUGCAGAGUCCAGAAGGUCGCGCUCAGGCAGCCAAAGGUGUACCUCCUCAAGAUCAGCACCAGAACGAGUGUUGGCAGCUGUUUCCUUAUGGCUUUGGCCCCAUCAAUGAUGGCAUCUUUUCUCAGAGUAACAAUGGCAUCAUCACCAAAAUGGGCAUGUGGCUUAUGCCAGCCGCUCCUGGAUUUACUCCUUUCAUGGUCACUUACGAGAAAGAUGAAGACCUCGCAGCAGUUGUUGAUAUCAUCCGUCCAUUGCGUGUGAACAUGGUUCUACAGAAUGCAGCUAGUCUUCGCCACAUUUCACUCGAUGCUGCACACUAUCAUCCUCGCUCAGUGUACACCGACGCAGGACUAGAUGUUCCACUCACACAAGAGCAGCUUGAUGCCGCAGCCAAGAAGGUCAAUUUGGGUAGAUGGGUCUACAUCGGCGCUGCCUACGGCCCCGAUCCUAUCCGCAAGGCUCAUCUCGAGAUCACCAAGCGCGAAAUGACAAAGGUUCCAGGCAGUCGGUGGUUCCUGCUAGAAGAUCGCAAGGAAGAAUUUAGUACUCUGCACUGCCGCGCCGAUACGAUGCAGGGCAUCCCCACAUGGGACGAGCUGAGAUGGUUGGAUCACUGGAUUCCGAAUUGCACUUUCCUCUCUUUCUCACCCAUUUCAAAGGUUGACGGCAAGUCAGCACAGAAGCAGUACGAGAUGGCCAAAAAGCGCUUCGCCGAAGCGAAGAUGGACUAUUUCGGAAUUCUGAGUAUUGGAAUGCGUGAGAUGCACAAUAUUGUAUGCAUCGUGUACAACCGCGAGGAUCCUGACAUGCGUCGCCGUGCGCAGUGGCUCGUCCGUACCAUGAUUCAAGACUGUGCGGACAACGGCUGGGGAGAGUUCCGAACCCAUGUCGCCUUGAUGGACCAGAUCGCGGACACGUACGAUUUCAAUAACCAUGCGCUUGGCAGACUGAACCAAACUAUCAAGGACGCGUUAGACCCCAACGGCAUUUUGGCACCUGGCAAGAGCGGUGUUUGGCCCAAGAGCUAUGAUAAGUCGAAGUGGGCACUUGGAAAGGAUUAUAUUAAAUAG